AUGACACCUGUAACACCGUUUGAUCAGAGGGACACAUCCAUCCUGAUGACUUCGUCCAUAGAGCAUCCGACGCACCUGCUGGAAGAGAACAGAACUCCCCUGAGGCAACAAGCUGAGCUAAGGUUUGGUCAGCGGGACACAUCCAUCCUGAUGACUUCGUCGAUAGAGCAUACGACGCACCUGCUGGAAGAGAACAGAACUCCCCUGAGGCAACAAGCUGAGCUAAAAUCAGGAAGACAUGCUGAUGCUAUCUUCACCAACAGGUACAGGAAGGUUCUAGGUCAGAUCUCAGCCAGGAAGUGCCUUCAGAUCAUCAUGGGAAAAUGGCUACGAGAAGAAGCUGGGAGCUAUAAAGUGAAACGGCAGUCAGACAUUUACGAGGGCACCUACAAACCAGAUCUCACAUCCAUUCAGAGAAAACAGAGUUACAGGCGACAGCAAAACAAUGUCAAGAAGCCAAGGUACAGUUCCCACUCAGCACGCAGUUUGGAAAUCUCAUGAUUUACUGCAGUCAAGUUAAAACAAGCUAUUUGUAAGCAUUCAAGGCAUACACGUACUUACACACCCCUACGUAUUUAUUUGGACAGUGAAGCUAA